UACGGAAAAUGUAAGAGGCAAAAAUAAGCGGAAUACAUAAUGCCGCGCGGAAAGGGGAAAAAAAGAAUAAUUUACGCGACAUCCUUGCAGUCGAAUUUUGGCAUUCGAAGAGAGAUGUUCGUCUCUGCGAGUAAAUAUUAUAAUGUGAAUCGAUUACUUUUGAUAAUAUCCGGUUUGUGGCCUUAUCAAAAGUCAAAGUACAGAAAGAUUCAAGCUACAUUCUACCUCAUCAUUAUGUUCUCAUUUAUAGUGCUCCAGCUUAUGACUUUUAUUGACGCAAACUGCACUAUAGAUCUAAUCAUGAAAGUGUUAUCGCUCGUUCUUCCCAUGUGUGCAUCUAUUAUAAAACACGGUACCUUCUUCUAUAAUAACCGAAAAAUGAAACAUCUUAUAAGUCUAAUGUGGUAUCACUGGACUAUAAUUCAGGAUAAACAAGAAAUAGCAAUAUUAGAAAAGUAUACCAACUACUCUAGGCGAUUUACAAUAUAUAUGCUACACCUGUGUGUUUUGGGCAUGUUCGUUAUAAUAAUAGGCCACACAUCACCAAUGAUUUUGGAUAUGAUAGUACCAUUGAAUUCAUCCCGGCCACGACACUUCUACAUCUUAGUGAAAAGUUUUGUCGAUGAAGAAAAAUACUUUUUUUGGCUUUUACUACAUACCAUAGUGACUGUAUUAGUAGCAAUAAUGAUGAUGAUAUCCGUUGGAACUAUGAUUAUAACUUACUUUUUGCACGCUUGCGCUAUGUUCAAAAUUGCUGGCUAUCGAAUUGGAGAUGCGGUGACUAAAAAUCUUACUGAAGUAUCAUAUUCAAAACGAAAUUGUGCAAUUUACAAAAAAAUAAUCAAUGGAGUACAUAUUCAUCAAAAAGCUAUAGAGUUUACUGAUUUGAUCUUCUCUAAUUUGAAAGUACCUUAUUUCAUAAUACUCUCUGUAGGAGUUGCUUCAUUAGUUCUUAAUAUAUUUCAGGUUUUUAUUGCAUUAUCCACACAUAAUAUGAAUGAACUGUUUACAACUUUUAUAUUUCUUUUCGCACAAAUCGUCUAUAUGUAUGUAGGAAAUUAUGGUGGACAGAUAAUUACGGAUCACUAUGUCGAGGUAUUUAACACGACAUAUAAUUCAUACUGGUAUACAGUACCAUUACGUUCACAAAAAUUAUUAUUAUUCAUAAUGCAGAGAACUUCAAAAAAUUUUGCUUUUGUUCUUGGAUUAUUUGUAGUUUCACUAAAAGGUUUUUCUACGCUUGCGAGCAUGGCAAUGUCUUACUUUACGGUGAUCUAUUCUAUACUUUCGGGAUAAUUAUUUAAAAAAGAAAUUCUUUGUAGAGUUACGUAUAAAUUUAAAGUUGUCAAAUGGAAAUAUUGAACUUUUUUUCAGGUAAUUUGGUAUUACUAAUUAUCUUGCACACAAAAAUAAUUCUUUGCAUCUAUUUUACAUGUUAUUUAAACCUUGAACACAUUAGGGCGUCUGGGAAACCUAUCUGAAACUUCGGUGCUAUUUUAUUUUAGUUGAGCAAUGAAGUUGGUCAACCAUAUCCGUCAAUAGGGAAGACUUCAACUUUUUUUCAUAGUCCAAAUCUUUUUCAUUCCGUCUUCACAAAGCAAGCGAUCGAAAUUUUAAAAGGAUUUCAAGUAAUUUGUUUAAAGAUUAAUGUUAUAUUAUAUUACAUUACGUAUUAAACGUAUUCUGCGAUCUCAUAAUUACAAGUUUUGAAAUGUAAAACAAUUUGUGUAUGUGUAUAUUUAUAUGUGCUAUAGGUUUUAGAAAGUACUUAUAUUAUACAGGGUGUCUUAAAAUUUACGAAAAUACUAUAGCAAGAAAGUUCCCGAAAAAUUAAAUGAAAUUGGUAAAUUUGAAAUGAUUAUUGAUUUUUAUUUCAAAUAGUAGUUUUCGAGAUAUAAGGGCUUAAAGCUAAAAUUAAUUUGAGAUUACGUUUAGACUUUAGACCGUCACCUGUUAUACACGCGCAAUUACUAAUAUACCUAGAAUCAUUUCUCAAAUUUUUUUCUAUCUAUUAUCGAACAUCUUAUACAAUCACAAGUACAAUAUAUGAAUUUCCCAUUCAGAUCUUGAUAUUUUCGGAAACAGCGGCACUAUUCAAAUAUUUAAUAAAUGGACAAAUACUAAAAUAUUAAAUAUAACAUAAACAAAUUACAUAAACAAGUUUUAUAAAUUAACAUUAAGAAAAUAACAAAAAUGUAACAUUCAACGAUUAUAGCAAAAACGCAACAGUACAUUACGUUGUUAUACAUAUAAGAUUUCAUCGAAAUUGGAAAAAUCUGUAUCUUCUUUCUUUACACAUGAACAAGAAAUCGUGUAUAUUAUGAUAUUUUGAUAUUUUCCACGUUUCUGUCAAACAUUUGUUAAAUCAUUGUAAUAUCAAAUAGUAGUAUCAAAUUUAAUUUUUUAAAAUUUGAAUUAAUAAGCAGGAAAUGUAAAAGGUACAGUUGUACAUACAUUGCAAAGACGUUUGUAAUAUGCGACACUACAACAAUGUCAAUGCGUAUCUAACAAUAAGUUAUCCGUGAAAGUUCUAGUUUUUACUGAAACAUUGAUACAUAAGAAGAUAUCUACCUCGAAAAGAAAAAUACACGAUUGCCAAAUUGAUAUCAUUAUCUUAAUGACUUAUUUUUAUUUCAUAGUUGCGCCAAAUACAAAUUCCCUUCAUUUUUAUUUAUUUUUCUUUUGUCGGUGGUUUAUACAUUCCUUACAUCUGCGUUUUCCCACAGUAUAAAGUAAACGUUACUUUUGAAAUUAUACUAUGAGCUUGAAAAAAGAAUUCACCAUAUAUAAAUUUAAUACAUGGAGGGGGAAAUGUUAUUUCACAGAGUUGUUCCUACCAUACGUAUUUCAGCUUUCGCGAAAGAUGGACGUUGUUGGAGAACGAUACUAUAAAUUGAAUAAAAAUUUUCUAUUAUGCCUCGGUCUGUGGCCUUGUCAAACUUCGACCUUAAAAAAAACUCAAAUAAUCUUUUGCCAAACGUUAUUCAUAUCUUUUUUAGUGUGCCAGGUAUUAUACGAUUUUUUCCAUUUAUUACAUAUUAUUUAGUUGAAUAAAAAUUAAUAUUAAAUCUGAUACUAAAUUUUGAUGAUUGGCUUUCUACAACAUAAAUUCAAUAGUAUAAAGUAUAAACUACUAAAGUAAUACUGUGUAAAAUAAUGCUUAUUCAUAUAUUUGCUAUAAUCAUUUAAUAAGGCUACUGUUUUCAGUGGAAUGCAAUGUUUGUACGAAAGUACAGCAUCAAUUAUAUCAUAAAAAUUUGUAUGUUUAUCACUUGUAACUGUCUUUACAUUGUAAAAUAUAACGCAUUUCUCUUACUUGACGAUAAAGUAAGUUUCACUUAUUUAUUUUAAUGCAUUUAAAAUUUUAUUCUGGAUAUUUCUUAUAAUAAUACCUUUAAGUCAUUAAAUUUUUUUUAUUUUCUUAUUUAAAUAAUGUUAUAUACAUGGCAUAACUAUUAAAUAAAUUAAAAAACCAUUACUUAAAAAUAAAGAAAAGUAAUUUACAUGUAAAACCAAAAAAACUUACAAAAUACUUUAUUUGUGAUCGUAGAUCAAAUAUAUUUCCAGCAGAAUUCAAUACGAUUGGAACAUGUUAAAAUCUCAAAUGGAAUGGGAAGUGAUACAAAAAUACGCAGACACUGCAAAAUUAUAUACAAUCUAUUUUAUAUGUAAGAUAUAAAAUCAAGUAUUAGUUGAAUUUUUUUUCUAGCAAAAUAUUUUUAUAUAUAUUAAUUUUAUGUAUAUAUUUCACGUUAUGUUCAUAUUUCUGUUAAAAUGUUUAAUUAAAAUUUUUUACCAAGUUAUAUAUAAAAUCUUUUUUAAAUAACAUACUUAGAUUGAUGCAAAUACAAUUAGAUUAAUUUACAUCAUUUUUUUCGUAUUUCUUUUUAAUAAAAUUUAAAAAUGUACUCUUUGCAUUACGUCAAAUACGUGGCAUAAUUCGCUUGCUUUAGUUUUGGCUUCUAUCAGUAUGCCAGGAAUGUUAAUAUUAUUUUCACUACCCCGUAUACUCGAUGUGAUCGCACCAAUGAAUGAAUCGCGACCGGGACAAUCAAUAAUUUUAGUAGAAUACUUUGUCGACGAAGAAACAUACUAUUUUACUAUUCUGAUACAUAUUGUCGUAACUCAGUAUGUUGGUGCUAUGACGAUAGCGUCUGUCGCAACAAUACUUAUGGCAUUUGUAUUGCACGCAUGCGCUAUGUUUCAAAUCGCCAGGUAAAACUAAGAGUGAUCUUAAAUAUUAUGAGUUUCAUUAAUUUACUUAAAGCAAUCAGUAAGAACAAAUUUAGUGACGCUGUAAUAUUUUCAUAGCCAUCGAAUAGAACACAUAUUUGAUGACUUACAACAAAUACCAAAGGAUAUUAAAAAAUACAUGCUCUACAAUAAAUUAAUUCAUGCAGUAUAUGUUCAUCGCAGAGCUGUAGAGUUAGUAUUAAUGUAUAUUCCUUUAAAAUUAAAACCUAAUUUGCCUGGGUAAUUCGUCAAAUUAAAUUAUUGUCGCAUGCAUAUUAUUACAAAAAUUUAUUUAUUUACUACGUAAAAAAAUGCGUUUUAUAAACAAAGUAUACAGUAGAAUCUAAAUCUAAUCUAUUAUUUUUCUUAUUAUUGGAUACGUGUAUAAUUAAAUACAACGUCUAUCCACGCAGGCUAGGCAUAAAAAAUUAAAUAUUAUUACAAUAAAUUAAUAAUAAUUAUACAUUUUUCUGUUGAAGUUUAACCAAUAUUAUGACGAACACCUUCGCAACAUUGUAUUUCAUAUUAUUAGGGUUUGGUUUGGCUUCGACGAGUUUCAGUUUCCUUAAUGUAAGCGUUAUGCAAUUAUUGCGAAAAGAAAUGUAGUUAUCAUUUAUUUUAUUUGAAGAAGCUUAAUUACGAUUAUAUGAAAUAUAAAUAUAAAGUUACACGAAAGAUAUAGUAUAUAAUUAAUAAAUAAUAAAUAAUUUGGUUAAAGUUUAUUUAUGCAGUAUUGUCCAUGGAAAUAAUUGAUAUAGUGUUAUUCAGUUAUAUUAUAUUUAUCCACAUGUAUUAUAUAUUUCUGGCAAAUUAUGUUGGGCAGAAUAUCAUAGAUAACAGCAUUGACUUUCAUCGAGCAACGUAAGGACUAAACAUAUUUUAUAAUAUAUUUAAUAAUAUAAUAUUUUAAGGUCACAAUACUAUUCCGUUUAAUUUGAUUUUUCACUGUAAUAUAUGAAUAAUCAAGAAUAUAUAAUUAUUUAUAACAAUAAAUCAAUCAAAAUGUGAAUGACAUAAAUCACGUUCAAUCAAAGCAGAUUUUGGUGCUUAUAUAAUAAUUUUUGCAUGAAUUUUACUUUCCAGAUCAUUCAUUAAUUGCGCAUAGAUUUAGUUUAAUUUGUCAAUUCUAACACACAGUUUUCAAACUGAAGCUGGAGUAAUAUUUAUCACAAAUUAAACUGAAGGGCAAUUUAAUAAUAUUUAUACUAAUGAGUAUUUUGAAAUAUUAUAUAAAAUUGUAAAAUUCACGCAAAAAUUAUUAGACACAAAUAUCUGCAUUGUCCGAAUUUAGUUUUCUUCACCUAUUUAUAAUUUAUUAAUUUGUUAAAUAUAAUUUGUACAUUCAAAACUUGGUAAAAAUCAAUAAAUUAAUUUUAUUUAAGAAUUUAAUCAAAUGUAUUAAUCAAUAUUAAUUUCCGUAUAUCUGUAUUAACAGAUACAAUGCGCAGUGGUAUGUUGCCCCAGUAUAUAUGCAAAAAUUAAUAUUAUUUAUAAUGCAAAGAAGUAACAAAAGGAGUGCUUUAAUUGCUGGCGGUUUAUUUGAUGCAUCGUUAGAAGGUUUUGCCACGGUAAGAGAUUAUAAGCCAAUUUUUUUAACAACCUUGUAAAAGAAAGAUUUCAGAUUUAAAGAAAAAUUUUUAAUACUUAUUACAGCUCAUGAGUAUGACUGUAUCCUACGUUAUGGUUCUUCAAUCUGUAGGACACAAAGGAGACUACGAAUAGAAAAAUGAUCAUAUUUAAAGAAUUCUAUUCACAGGUUUAAAAUACAUUCAGUACUACAUAUUUAUUAAUGCAAUAGAGCCUGUCUAUUGUGGCCCUUGAGCGAAAUUUCAAAAUUAUGGAAUACCACAACACGAGCCUACUAAUCACCGUGUACUUGUGCAAACGCAGUUGCGCAUACUAAACUGUUAAAAUUCUAAUGCGCGUAAGUGACUACCCAGCAACCCAGUGAGAAAUGAUAAGGAAAUUGAUGUCAAAUUGUUGUCAAAUUAAAUUGACAUUAUUUCAAUGUCAAUUCAACGUUGAUUCGAUAGAUCAUUUCUCGCUAAGAAACAUCUAUCAACAGUAACGUAAUCUUAAUAUUAUAAUUCUAUUCAACAAUGAAACUGUAAUAUAUCACAUAUUAUACGUGCCAAUUACAUUAUUGAGUAGGAAAUUGUAAUAUUAUAUGAAAUUAUAUUACUGGAGAGAGAUGUUCGUAAUCUCACUAUGCACAUGCACAUGUACUUACACUGCUUAGGAUCCGAAUACACAAGAUACAUAACAUAACAUAAGCAUAAGAUUGCUAAAUCAAUAAGCAUCUUACAUAAAGUCGCCUAAUUGAUUUACAUAUGACGCUGAUUGAUUUAGCGAUUUUAUGUUGUGUUUAUGUUGUAUUAUGCAUUUUGUGUAUUACAGCUUUUAGGUGGGAGUACUUUUGCACAGUGCAUAAUACGUAACGCAUAAAGAAACUACUCAUCAGAGUCAUUUGUUUUUAUCCUGGGGGAAAAAAUAAAGCAUGUUGAUUGAUUGAUUCCCUUGCGUUAUGCAAAAGUUGGUGCUCAUGUCCUUACACGGACAAUAAGUACAAUUAAGUACAGAUGCGCGCGCUACCUAACGAAUUAUGUUCUGCCAUUAUGAUAAAAAACGCACGACAUUAGUAUAUGUGAAGAUUCGUGUAAAAGAAUGCAAAAAAGUGGUCGAAUUUAACAAGGCUCUACUGUAAAUUUUGAAAUAACAAUAAAAAUUUUCCACUUAUUAUAAGUAUUUCUACUAUGUCAUAGAUUAAGACAUUUGUUUGGCUAUGCUAUUUCUCGUUUCUCCAUCAUUAACAAUCAUACGUAUGCCGAUAUAAAUAUAAUAUUAACUAAUAAUAAUAAAAGAAUAUAGGCCAAUGUGUGGAAACACAAUUAAUUAAAGGAGAGCUUCAUUUGAUUGAAUCAUCAUUGAUAUUUCUUGUGUGAUUUUGUAAACAAGAAAAGGUAGUAUUAUGAUCAUCCACUUACAUUUUAUAAAAUAAAAAAUUUUGUUAAUAAUUAACAUUUAAAUUGCAAACUUAAUGAUUACAUUCAUUAAAUUGUUCUUCAAUCAAUUCUAAACUUAAAGUUUAUAUAUUUAUUAUAUUAUUUAUAAAAAGUAACAUGCGCGCUAUAAUGGGUCGAAGAGGAAAAAAGGUGGUAAUAUAGCCACCACAAGAAUAAAUUUUAAAAAUUAGUUUGAAUUUUAAAAACACAGUGUUUUGUUAUAAAAUAAUAUAUUUGUUUAAAAUAAAAAAAAAA